GAGGAAACACAGAUAUGUGAAACACUUCAUACAUCAGUGUUUGGCCAUGAUUAUGGAUGUGGCUUGUUUUCUCAUCUCUCAGAUAAAGAGGAGCUUUUCCAGAAUGUUUUGACCCAGGUAGCAGAGCAGUUCUCCAGGGCAUUUAAAAUCAACGAACUGAAGACUGAGGUGACAAAUCGCCUAGCCAUGCUGGAGAAGAGAGUGGAGUUCCAUUUUCAGCUUUGCAUCCAUGACAAUUACCGGAGUAAUCCAUUUCAUAAUUUCCGUCACUGCUUCUGCGUCACUCAGAUGAUGUACAGCAUGAUCUACCUCUGCAACCUACAGGUAUCCACCUGUUUCUUUAGCUCAGGAAAUCUGGAGCAUCAGAGGUAUCAGAUUAACGCACGCACAGAGCUGGCGGUAAGGUACAAUGACAUCUCUCCUCUGGAGAACCAUCACUGUGCCGUGGCCUUCCAGAUAUUCUCUCAGUCUGACUGCAACAUCUUUGCCAACUUUGAUCCUGAAGCCUUCAAACUGAUUCGUCAGGGAACCAUCAACCUGAUACUGGCCACAGACAUGGCCCGACAUGGAGAGAUUCUGGACUCUUUCAAACAGAAAGUGGAUUACUUUGACUUCACUAAUGAGGAGCAUGUUACUUGUCUAAAAAUGGUGUUGAUCAAGUGCUGUGACAUCUCUAAUGAGGUUCGGCCGAUGGAGGUCGCUGAGCCGUGGGUGGACUGUUUGCUGGAGGAGUACUUCAUGCAG